AUGACCACUUACGAUGUGAAAGAGAUCGGUUAUGCGUUCCUGAAGACAUACUAUGAACGUAUGCAUAAUGAUCCUUCGAAGCUUUCAUGUUUGUACUCUAGCACUGCUGAAUUGACACAUAUAAACUAUAAUGAUCCCAUUAAGCAUGAUAAAGACUACUUGAACACCGUGAAGUUGAUUGGGAAAGAUAACAUCAACAAUUUUUUCACGAGAAACAGCAAGCGAGUGCAAGAUUUAAAGGUGAAGAUUGAUUCUUGUGACUUUCAAAGCACUGGAUAUGAGAGCUCUUCUAUUCUAAUAUUAACAUUGGGAGAGUUAUGUUGGACUGAUUCACCAUCGUACAGAUUUUGUCAAUGUUUUAUUUUGGAGCCUGCUGAAUACAAUAAUAAGAUCUACGACUUGAAGAAUGACAUUAUUCGUUUCAUUCCAGCUCUCGGUCCUUUGGAGAAGCCUGUUUCAGACAAACCAAGCGAACAAGUGGUGGUUUCCGGUUCGAUCGAAAAGUCAGCCGAAAAAUCGGUGGAAAAACCAAUGGAAAAACCGGUUGAAAAACCGGCCCAGGAGCCAGUGGCAACUCCUCCGGUUGUCACUGCUAAGCCAGUAGAAAUCACCAAACCGGUUCCAAAGAAACAGGACCCACCAGUUGCUGUAGCUGUUAAGUCGCCUUUAUCAGAAGAAAAGGAAAAGGAAAAGGAAAAGCCUUCUGCUGCCUCCUCCGUUUCUCAAGCAUCAAAGGCGAAGCCAAAGGCCGAGGAAGAAGAAGUUCAAAAACAAUCUUCGUCACCAACCCCCUCUUCCACAACAACAUCUACACCAAUACCUACUCAAACACCUACACCUGUUUCCACUCCUAAUCCUGCUUCUACCUCCACUUCAACAAAUACCAAUGCUCCUCAAACUCAAGCUGAGCCAGUCAAAAUGACUUGGGCAGGCAAACUCAAUAAGACUUCUAAGCUCACUACCAACUAUAUCAAAGUAGAUGUUUCAACAAAGAAGUCCAAGAGCCCUCCUCCAAAUGGGUUCACCAAGCAAAACAAAAAGAACAAACAACAGCAACAAUCUAAGCCAAUCGGCGACGUCAUUAUACAAAACAGUCAUGGUUACUACCCAGUGUACGUCGGUAACACUAACGGUCUCACAGCAUCUGAGCUUGAAAAGGCUCUUAUAAAAGAGUAUGGAGAAGUGAUGAAGACUACAUUCCAAGACUCAUUUGCCGUUGUUGACUUCAAAGAAAAGUCUGCAAGGGACGCUGCCAUUGAAGCACAGCAUCUAAAGGUUGGUGAGAGAACUAUCAACCUAAACCCAAAGGGUGACAAGGCAUCAAAAUACAAGUCAAAGAACAGUAACGGUAACAGCAACAACAAUAACAAUAAUAAUAACAAUAGUAAUGGCAACGGGUCAUUCAGUCAUAACAGUACACAUAACACUCCUUCACCUUCUUCUGAUUUACCAUCAAGUCAGAACAAUUCAGCCUACAAAAAAGGUUCGCUGAAAUCACGUAACGACAAAUCAAAGAACUAA